CCCUUCGGCACGGUGAGUAGUCGCGGCCUCUGGGUAUGGCUGUGCCUUUGCCAUUUCUUCUAGUUUAAUACCUGUGUUCGACUUCUUUUCCGACUUUGUUUCAUUGUAGCCACUGAAGAUCCUGGUGUCGCCAUGGGCCGCCGCCCCGCCCGGUGUUACCGGUAUUGUAAGAACAAGCCGUACCCAAAGUCCCGCUUCUGCCGAGGUGUCCCUGAUGCUAAGAUCCGCAUCUUCGACUUGGGGCGUAAGAAGGCCAAAGUGGAUGAGUUCCCACUCUGUGGCCACAUGGUGUCAGAUGAGUAUGAGCAGCUCUCCUCUGAAGCCCUGGAGGCUGCCCGUAUUUGUGCCAACAAGUACAUGGUGAAAAGCUGUGGCAAAGAUGGUUUUCACAUCCGAGUGCGGCUCCACCCCUUCCAUGUCAUCCGCAUCAACAAGAUGUUGUCUUGCGCUGGAGCUGAUAGACUCCAGACAGGUAUGCGUGGUGCCUUUGGAAAGCCCCAGGGCACAGUGGCCAGGGUCCACAUUGGCCAGGUCAUAAUGUCCAUCCGCACCAAGCUGCAGAACAAGGAGCAUGUGAUUGAAGCCCUCCGCCGGGCCAAGUUCAAGUUCCCUGGCCGUCAAAAGAUCCACAUCUCCAAGAAGUGGGGAUUUACCAAGUUCAAUGCGGAUGAAUUUGAGAACAUGGUGGCAGAAAAGCGACUCAUCCCGGACGGCUGUGGGGUCAAAUACAUCCCUAAUCGUGGUCCCCUGGACAAAUGGCGGGCCCUGCACUCAUGAGCAUCAGCUCUGUUCCCUCCUUAAUCACGCUCACCAAUAAAUGCUAUUUCCUGUCCAUCU